CCGGUCGUUGAUUACUUUCUAGACCACUGUUCAUCUUCAGGAUCUGCAAACCAGGAGAUCGUGUGCAUCCUGUUUUAGACGCGCACCACUCAGCCCCAACAUGUCGAAACGAAACCCCGAUAUCGAGGCCACCGAGACGGACAUGUCGCUUUCCGGCAAUAGCAGCAAGUCGGACCUCAACUCCGCCUACCAUACAGAAAAUGCUACCAACUCGGGCCACCAGGAACAAGGCGGUCGUCAAGCGUCUGUUGCUGCAAAGCUACGCAAUCCAUUGGCUGGACUGAGCGAACAGCAAGUCAUCGCCGAUGUGGAUGCUUGGUGUGUUGAGAAAGGACUGGUCGAACAUCAAGAUGCCUUCCGCAAAGGUGCGCUCAUUGCGCGAAUGGGCCAACGGGACGACGGAUACGAAUAUGUCAGCCAAUUGACCGAGGAAGAGAAGAACAUCUUCAGAAACGAGCAGGCACACCGAUGGUCGCAGCCCUUCAUGCUGUACUUCCUUGUCGUGCUCUGUGCUGGAUCUGCCAUUGUCCAGGGCAUGGAUCAAACUGCAGUGAACGGCGCCCAGCUUUUCUACUUCGACGAGUUCGGCAUUGAAGAUGUUUGGCUGCAAGGACUGUUGAAUGGUGCGCCAUACCUCUGUUCAGCACUCAUCGGCUGCUGGAGUAACGCACCUCUGAACCAUUACUUUGGCCGCCGUGGAACCAUCUUCAUCUCCUGUGUCAUUUCGUUCAUCACCGGUAUCUGGAUGGCCGCCGCCAAUAGCUGGGUCAACCUUCUGCUCUCUCGGUUCGCGCUGGGCUUCGCAGUUGGCGCAAAGUCAUCCACAACACCUGUUUACGCCGCCGAGUCCGCCCCUAAGACUAUUCGUGGCGCCCUCACGAUGAUGUGGCAAAUGUGGACCGCAUUCGGCAUCAUGUUGGGUUUUGUGGUCUCUGUGGCGUUCCAAAACACAACCAUUCUCGGGGAGGGAUCACAAUGGAGGUGGAUGCUGGCCAGUACUUCGAUUCCUCCUCUGAUUGUCUGCCUUCAAGUGUACUUCUGUCCUGAGAGUCCAAGAUGGUAUAUGGAGAAGGGGAAUUUCGACAAAGCGUUCAAGGCGCUGUGCCGUCUCCGCAACCACGAGAUCCAAGCUACACGCGACAUGUACUAUGCCUAUAAACUCCUCGAAGUCGAACAAGCUGAGCGCGCCGGCAAGUCGCUCUGGAAGGAGUUCUUCUUUGUGCGCCGCAACCGCCGUGCAGCACAGUCGUCUUUCUUCGUCAUGUUCAUGCAGCAAUUUUGCGGUGUUAGCGUCAUCGCAUACUACUCCUCCUCCAUCUUCCAAGAAGCCGGCUUCUCGCGCUCCGAAGCCCUGCUCACCAGCAUGGGCACAGGAAUAACCAACUUCCUCUUCGCCAUCCCCGCAAUCUACACAAUCGACACCUUUGGUCGGCGCAACCUGCUCCUCACCACCUUCCCGCUCAUGGGCAUAUGCCUGCUGUGGUGUGGCAUGUCCUUCUAUCUCCCCAUGCUACCCUCCGUCGACGGCGAGCCACCGCGCCCCACCCAGCAGCGCCUCGGCUCCAUCGCCGCAGCCAUAUACACAUUCAUGGCUGUGUACUCCCCCGGUGAGGGGCCUGUGCCGUUUACUUACUCAGCGGAGGCGUUCCCCCUGCACCUUCGCGACAUCGGCAUGUCCUUCGCGACCGCAACAUGCUGGGGUUUCAAUUUCAUCCUCUCUUUGACCUGGCCCGCGCUCGUCGACGCCUUCACCCCGCAAGGAGCAUUCGGAUGGUACGCAGCCUGGAACUUCUUUGGCUGGAUAUACUGCUACUUCCUGCUGCCUGAGACCAAGAACCUCACCCUGGAGGAACUCGACACCGUGUUCGAUGUCGGUAAUCGGGAAUUUGCGGGAUACUACAGCAAGAAACUGCCGUGGUACCUCAAGAAGAACGUGUUGAGAGGGGAUGUCGAGCCGUUCCCGCAGCUGUUUGAUCUGCAUGAUGACCCGGUUCCUGAGGGUGCGGUGAGGGGAGGUGCGGACCGCGGCUUUGGAGAGAAGAGGGCGUCAGUCAACGGCGGCAAUGGCGUUAUCGCUCAGAGCUAUGUAUGAGAGUGCGGUAUAGCCGUCGUAGAGACUAUUCCCCGGUGUGCUGGCAUUGCGAAAAGUAAUGUGUUGUUGAGCUAGAUACCCG